AAAUAUUCCUUUUAUUACUAACUGGGUAAACAAGUUGAGAUUAAAAUUCUGCUUGACUUUCCUCCAGGUAAUGUCCAUGAAGAACCAGACGUUGGUCAGUGAGAUUGUUCUCUUGGGAUUUCAGAAUCUCCACAACUUCAAGAUUCCCCUGUUCUCUCUGUUCCUUCUGAUUUACAUUAUGACAGUUUGGGAGAACGUCCUCAUUAUGGUGUUGGUGUCCUCCAGCCAGAACCUCCAGUCCCCCAUGUACUUCUUUCUCCGUCAGUUGUCCCUAUGUGAUCUUGUGGAAUCCACAAUUAUUGUACCUACUCUGCUCCAAACUGUUAUUUAUGAUAAAGUCAUGUUGCCCCUUGUUGGAUGUAUGAUACAGUUUUCUUUUCUUACUGCAACUGAAGCCUUUGAGUGUUUGCUUCUAGCAGUAAUGUCCUAUGACAGAUAUGUGGCCAUCUGUAUCCCACUGCGUUACUCUUCUAUAAUGUCCCACAGGGUUUGUGUUACAUUAAUUGUCAUGUCUUGGCUGCUUGGCCUCACGUCUGCAUUGCUUCUUGUAAAUACAAUGGCCACACUACAGUUCUGUGACCAAAAUACCAUCAACCAUUACUUCUGUGAUUUCUUUCCUCUUCUAGAACUUUCCUGCUCAGAUACUUUCUUAGUGCGUUUAACUAAUAUCUUAUUGUCCUUCCCAGUUUUUUUCAUUCCUUUUAUGCUCAUCGUUGCAUCUUAUAUGUGUAUUGCCCAUGAAAUCCUAAAGAUAGUGUCCAAUACCGGGAGACAAAAAGCCUUCUCCACCUGCAGCUCCCACUUGGCUGUGGUCUCCAUAUUUUAUGGGACUCUCAUUGCUAUUUAUGUGGUUCCUCCCAGAAAAGAAUCACAGACCAUGAGUGAAGUUCUCUCUUUGUUGUACACAGUCGUUACCCCACUGAUUAACCCAAUUAUUUACAGCCUGAGGAAUAAAGAUAUCAAACAAGACCUUGACUACCUCACCAACAAUAGGCAAACACUAGGAGUAACUUAG